CCUCAGUCAACCGCAGGCUGCCUGCUGCUGCGCACACAGAGGGAGCGUCACUUCUCCUCCUGCACAACACGGACGUCGUCGGGAUGCAGUUGACAGAAGCUUUCCUCAAAUACCAGCUGGCCUGGCCUCAUAUGCACUACUUUUUAUCUGCGCUGUGCCUCGUUGCCGCCGUGUACAAAUUAACCUUCAUCCUCCUGAAACGGAAGGCUCUUCUGAAGAGCUUUGAAGCCUUUCCAGGACCCCCGGCACACGUGUUGUUUGGAAAUGUUCUGGAGUUUAAACAAGAUGGGACCGACUUUAUCAAAGUGUUAAAGUGGGCGGAGAGCUAUCCCUAUGCUUUCCCUAUGUGGUUCGGCCCGUCUAUUUGUAUUCUCAACAUUCACCACCCAGAUUAUGUCAAAACUAUUCUGGCAUCAACAGAGCCAAAGGAUGAUUUUGCAUAUAAAUUUAUCGAGUCUUGGAUCGGAAAUGGUUUGUUGGUGUCAAAAGACCAGAAGUGGUUUCGCCACCGGAGGCUCCUGACUCCAGGUUUCCAUUAUGAUGUUUUAAAACCAUACGUGAAACUGAUGUCAGACUCUGCCAAAACAAUGCUGGACAAAUGGGAACGCUAUGCCAACUCUAAAGAGUCCUUUGAAUUGUUUGAGCAUGUGAGCCUGAUGACACUGGAUAGCAUCAUGAAGUGUGCCUUUAGCUGCAACAGCAACUGUCAGACAGAGGGGGGAACAAAUGCCUACAUCAAAGCAGUGUAUGAGCUCACCAAUCUUAUUAACCUCCGGGUGAGGAUGUUUCCAUACCACAGUGAUCUCAUUUUCCACCUCAGCCCACAUGGUUUCAGAUACAGGAAAGCAUACAAGGUGGCUCAAAGUCACACAGAUGAGGUCAUCAAAAAGAGGAAAGAGGUACUGAAGCAAGAGACGGAACUGAGCCGCAUACAGGCCAAAAGAUACUUGGAUUUUCUGGACAUUCUUCUCUUUGCACGAGACGAAAACCAGCAGGGCCUGUCGGAUGAAGACCUGCGAGCAGAAGUGGACACUUUUAUGUUCGAGGGGCACGACACCACGUCCAGCGGCAUCUCGUUCAUCCUCUACUGCUUGGCCUGCCACCCGGAGCACCAGAAGCUCUGCAGGGAUGAAAUUUGCGAAGCUUUACAAGGCAAAGACACCAUGGAGUGGGAGGAUCUUAAUAAAAUUCCAUACACCACAAUGUGCAUCAAAGAAUCCCUUCGUCUUUAUCCUCCUGUACCGGGAAUAUCCAGGCAGAUCACUAAACCCAUCACCUUCUUCGAUGGAAGAACGUUGCCAGCAGGCUCUCACAUUGGAGUAAGCAUGUUUGCAACUCACAGAAAUGCAACAGUCUGGGAAAACCCUGAUGUCUUUGACCCGCUGCGAUUCCUCCCAGAAAAUGUCUCUAAGAGGUCACCUCAUGCAUUUGUGCCUUUCUCAGCUGGACCAAGAAACUGCAUCGGCCAGACAUUUGCCAUAAAUGAGUUGAAGGUGGUGACGGCCUUGACACUAAAGCGCUACGAGCUGAUAGAGGAUCCCGACAAUAAGCCCAAGAUAAUUCCCAGACUGGUUCUCCGCUCUCUUAAUGGCAUCCACAUCAAGAUCAAACCAGUGGAACCAGAAAUGUGAUGGAAAAAAAGAAUCUGAUGGAUUCAAUCAAAGAGAAACAAAUUGCUUAGAAAGUGGAUAAAAAAAAAAACCUGAAGUGCAAUUUGAGGAAAUUUUUACACUAAUGUCUCAUGACGAGGAAAUUUGUGUUUAAAACUGUUUUUCUAGAAAUAUUUGCACCGUUUAUCUUAAAAUGGGUUUGUUAUAUAUUUAGAGAUAAGCUUCAUCUUGAAGCAAAACUAUAAGCAUUGCAUUAUAAUAAAGCACAUUGUUGUAAUACUGAAGAAUGUGUCUAAAAUAGUGAGAUUGAAUGGGGGUUUUUUUUACAUUAAUUAACAGUUCAUUUCUGCAGCUAGGAAUAUGUUAUAUUUCUGUUGUUGGGGCAAAAUAAAACAGAAAAAGAAAAUAAGUACACACA